AGCCAUACCAAAGAAGUAUUGCUUUGAAGUUUGUUGUGUGCCUGCAUCAGUUCUAACAGAUGGGAACAACAAAUGCAUAUUUAUUUUGUGGUGUUUGUGGAAGCCGUGAAUGGGGACACCUGAUCAUCAAGUGUGCAGUGUGCUCAAAUGCAGAACACCGGUACUGUAUGAGGAAGGUCCUAUUUCAUGAUGAUGCAUGGCUGUGUGAUGAGUGUUUAAGUUAUAUUUAUCCCAUGGAUGAACUGAAUUCCUUUGAGAAAAUAACCGAAAUUAAGCAUGAAGUUGUUCAAAUGGAGGAUGAUCAACCAUUUAUACCUCAUGUUAAAGAAGAGGUUGUUGAAAUGGUUGAUGUCCAGCCAUUUAGAACUAAGGUUAAAGAGGAAGUUGAAAUGGCAGAUAUUGAGCCAUUAACAACUCCUUUUGGAGUAGAGAUGGUUGGAAUGGCUGUUACCAAUCCUGUGCCUGAAGAGCUCAUCCAGGACUUAUUUGGGAUGUCAGUAAGCCCACCGACUCCUAGGCGUUCUCCCCGUAAGAAAAAGCUUAACCAAAAGUAUUUUUCCCAGGAGAUGGUGGUAAACAUGAACUUUAAUUGGCUGACUGGGGAGAACGAAGAUUGAUCUCAAGGGCAUAAUGAACUGAAAUAUCUACUACUCUUAGUUUUUUGAUAAGGCGUGUUUCUGAAACAGCCUGUGCGUAGCUUAUGUUUUGGAAUAAGUUAAAGGGUGUGGCUUUUAAUGUCUUUUGUGAAUUUUCAGAACCCAUUUCAUGUAUCAUGUUUUGAAAAUCUAUGUAUGAUGAGCCCUGAAGCUCCUGUUAAGUAUUGUUGUUGAUUAAUGCAUGUAUUUGUAAUAUUUGUG